AUGUACAUGGCAUUUCAGUUGCAGUAUAUAACUGCAUGCAACACUACACUACUAAGCUUAGAACAUUUUCUGUUUCAGCAUCAUUUUCGCUCACUUCAGAAAUUGAAAUUUCUUUGUUCUUCCCGCUCAAUUAGGGUUCUCUCGAAAACACGAAUGGAACUCUUCAAGGAAGUGAAUCGUUCGGGGUUGGUGGCGCUGUCACCGGACGAGGGUUUCCUUGCCGCGGGCACCAUGGCGGGCACCGUCGAUGAAACAUUCAGCUUGUCGGGGAAGCUCGAGAUAUUCCGGCUCGAUCUCAGUUCAGACGAUCGGGAGCUGCCUCUCGUCGAGUCGUACCGGAGCCCUCACCGCUUCAGCCGUCUCUCGUGGGGGAAGAACGAUUCUGUCUCCAAAUCUCGCGGCCUCGUUGCCGGUGGAUUGUUCGAUGGGGAAAUCCACCUCUGGUCAGAAAAUCAAAGUGCUACUGUCCUUGUAAGGCAUAAAGGACCGGUUCGUGGUCUUGAGUUUCAUACCACUGAACCUAAUCUUCUUGCCUCUGGUGCUGAGGAUGGUCAGAUCUGCAUAUGGGAUUUGGCCAAUGCUUUAGAGCCUAAGGACUCUGCUUCCCAAGGGGAAAUUUCAUUCUUAUCUUGGAAUAGUCAAGUGCAGCACAUAUUAGCAUCUACUUCAUAUGAUGGGACCAUGGUGGUAUGGGACACAAAGAAUCUAAAGCAAGUGAUAAGCUUCGCAGAUUCAGUUAGAAGGCGGUGCUCAAUUUUGCAAUGGAAUCCUGAUAUUCCUACACAGCUUAUAAUUGCAUCUGAAGAUGACUCUCCUUUAAGGCUUUGGGACUUGAGGUUUACCAUGGCACCGAUAAUGGAGUUUGUGGGGCACACUAGAGGUGUAAUAGGAAUGACAUGGUGUCCUAAUGAUGGCGCUUCUUUGCUUACCUGUGGCAAAGAUAGCCGGACUAUAUGCUGGAACACUAUUUCUGGAGAGGGUGGGGGACAGAUUGCUUAUGAGCUGCCGACUGGGACUCGUUGGAACUUUGAUGUGCAUUGGUGCCCUGAGACACCUGGAGUAAUAUCGGCAUCUUCCUUUGAUGGAAGAAUUGAUGGAGUAAUAUCUGUAUGUUCCUUUGAAGGGAAAAUUGGCAUGUACAAGAUUAAGGCCGCUGGUGAUGGAGCCGAUGAUGAUGAUAAUGGUGAUGAUGGUGACAGUGGCAUUGAUGGUACUCGUGCUGCUGAUGUGUACCAUGAUGGAAACAUUGAUGGAGUAGAUUAUGAUGAUGGUGACAAUGGAAUUGAUGGUACUAGUACUGCUGAUGUGUGCCAUGUUGGAGAAGUAUCAGUAUCUUCCCGAGGGGGAAAUUGGCAUGCCGCUGAUGGAAACAAUGAAGAUGAAACAAGUGGAACAGGGAGCGGAGAGGAAAGCUACCUUGAGGGUACAGAGGAAGAUGAUGAAGAAGAAAGUGAGGAAGACGAUGAAGAAGAAAGUGAGGAAAGUGGGUCAUCAAGUGAGGGAAGCUUCCGUCAGUUUUCUGACGAUGACAUCGAGAUGGAUGGUACGGAGGAUGACGAUGAGGAAUAUUUUGAUGACGAAUAUAACCCGAGGCGUCCUCUCUACUAUGAUGAUGAGUACAGAGCUCCUGGGCCAGUUAGCGUCGCCUUUGGUCACCCCGCAGCUGAUAGCGAGGAAGAUGAAGAUGUGGAAGAGUAUGAUUUUGAUGCUGGUGUUGGUGCUGAUGAUGAUGAUGCUGAUGGUGCAAGUUAGCAGAAAUAUGGAAUACCAGUCAAUACAUGAACUAAAACUAGGUUGUUUUUCUGACUGGUAUUCCAUAUUUUUCGAGACCUUUAUCAUGAUGAUUCAUUCAGAGAUUUUAUUUUUCCGUUAUUAGUUUGUUUCCUAUUAUUGUUUAGGAAUAGAAUCAAUAAUUGUGGGUUAUUAAUAUUCCUAUUUUAGAUUGCAAAUUAUAGCAAAUUCCAUGAACAAA